GGCACUGAGCGGCCGCCACCGCCGCCGCGCCGGGCGCCCCAACAGGCUCGGCCGGCCCCGCUGCCAUGGCGUCGCCGGAGGGGACGAGCGGCGGCGCGGGCGGCGGCGCGGAGGAGACGGAGCUCAGCAUCACCCUGACGCUGCGCAUGCUCAUGCACGGCAAGGAGAUCGGCAGCAUCAUCGGCAAGAAAGGCGAGACGGUCAAGCGGAUCCGGGAGCAGCGCGCGCAUCACCAUCUCGGAGGGGUCCUGCCCCGAGCGCAUCACCACCAUCACCGGCUCCACCGACGCCGUCUUCCGCGCCGUCUCCAUGAUCGCCUUCAAGCUGGAGGAGGACCUGGGGGCGGGCGAGGGCGGCGCGGCGGGCAGGCCGCCGGUGACGCUGCGCCUCGUCAUCCCCGCCAGCCAGUGCGGCUCGCUCAUCGGCAAGGCGGGAGCCAAGAUCAGGGAGAUCCGCGAGAGCACGGGGGCGCAGGUGCAGGUGGCCGGCGACCUGCUGCCCAACUCCACGGAGCGGGCCGUCACCGUCUCGGGGCUGCCCCACACCAUCGUCCAGUGCGUCAGGCAGAUCUGCGCCGUCAUCCUGGAGUCGCCUCCGAAGGGGGCCACCAUCCCCUACCACCCCGGCCUCUCCCUGGGCUCCAUCCUGCUCUCUGCCAACCAGGGCUUCUCCGUGCAGGGCCAGUACGCCGCCGGCGUCUCUCCCGCCGAGGUCAGCAAGCUGCAGCCGCUGCCGGGGCACACGCUGCCCUUCGCCUCCCUGGGCCCCGCACCCUCCGUCCUGCCAGGGCUGGACGCCGCCUCCCAGAGCAGCUCCCAGGAGUUCCUGGUGCCCAACGACCUCGUCGGCUGCAUCAUCGGCCGCCACGGCAGCAAGAUCAGCGAGAUCCGGCAGAUGUCGGGCGCCCACAUCAAGAUCGGGAACCAGACCGAGGGCUCCAGCGAGCGGCACGUGACCAUCUCGGGGUCCCCCGUCAGCAUCACCGUGGCUCAGUACCUCAUCACCGCCUGCUUAGAGACGGCCAAAUCUACCUCCCAGGCGCCGCCGGGCCCUGGCUCCGUGGACCUCGGUGUGGGCUUCUCCCAGCCCCUCGCCCCGGGCUCCGGCGCCACGCUGCCGGCCGUCGCCGCGGCCCCGCCGGCGCUGCUGGGCACCCCCUACGCCAUCUCCCUCUCCAACUUCAUCGGCCUGAAGCCAGUGUCCUUCCUGGCGCUGUCGCCGUCCUCCGUGGCGGGUCCCAACGGCAGCACCACCUACACGACCAAGAUCUCGGCGGCCAACGGCACCAAGAAAGCCGACAGGCAGAAGUUCUCACCCUACUGAGCCCCUCCGCCGGGCGGGCAGAUGGGCCCCGGGUGCCACCCGCUGCCAGGGCCACCUCCCCGUCCCCCCACCCCGUGCCCCAAGGAGCCCCCCACUCCUCAAGGGCUCCUCUGUCCUCCGGCCCUUCGCCCUGCCCCUCUCCUGCCAAUGCUCCUGGCUGGCACCCUCAGCCCCGCGGGCUGCACCCCAAGGCCUGGGCGAGGGGCUGGCUGGCCUCUCUGGGGCACCCCCCUCCCUGGCUGCGUCGGGGGGGAGGGCUGGCACCCACCUUCUCCCCAAGCCACCCCCUGGCACCUGCCUCGCAGCAGCCCCGUCGAAGAGCCAGCCCCGGCCGGCUUGGAAAACGCUGUAUAUAUAAGUCUGUAUUUUUUCCUCCUUUGUAACUUAUCAGUGGUUUAAUAAAAAGUUAAAAUUUGUGAGAAUAAA